AUGACUUCCUUCACGUCUGAUAGCGAUUCGAGCUUCAUCUACGACGCGUUUCUGAGUUUCUGUAACAUAGACACUGGUAAUUCUUUUGCAUCAUAUCUUUAUACUGCUCUCACUGUUGCUAGAAUCGUUGUUUUCAGGGACGGCGAUGAACCUAGAAAUCAAUAUCAGAUAAUAACAAACUCAGUUGAAUACGCAAUUGAACGUUCUAGAAUUUCUAUUAUUCUUUUCUCUAAAAAUUAUGCUGAUUCAAAUUGGUGCCUGCGAGAGUUGGAGAAGAUAACUGAGUGUUAUAGAACCAUAAGUCAAAGGAGAUCUUGUACAAAACUCUUGAAGAAAGACGAAUCCAGUGAAGAUAGCAACAUUACAAGAUUUGUCGUGGAUUCUAGGAACAGAAGUAAAGAUAUAAAAAAUGUAGUUCAACAUGCUGCUCAUUUGCUGGACAAGACAUACCUGUUUGUUGCUGACCAUCCAGUAGGAUUAGAGUCACGGGUGCAAGAAGUGAUUCAACUACUGAGCAACAAACCAUCAGACCAUACUCUACUUCUAGGGAUAUGGGGAAUGGGAGGGUUUGGUAAAACAACCCUUGCGAAAGCUAUUUAUAAUCAAAUGAGUUGCACUUUUGAGGCUAAGGGUUUCCUCCUAAAUUAUGGACGGGUCUGGAACCAAAGUAACGGCCAAGUUUCUUUAGACGAACAGUUUCUUUCAGAUAUCUACAAAAUAAAGAAAAAUACUUUUGAUGUAGAAAAAGCUGUUCUAAAGGAAAGACUUCUCAAAAAAAAGAUAUUUCUUGUGCUUGAUGGUGUUCGUGGUUUGAACCAAUACUAUGAUUUUUGUGGAGCUAGAGGCCUGGAAUCAUUUGGUCCAGGAAGUAAAAUAAUUAUCACAACUAGAGAUCUACUAAUACUUCAUGCUCUUAACGCUGACCACAUAUAUGAAAUGAAAAAAAUGGACAAACAUGAAUCUCUUGAGCUUUUAAGCUGGCAUGCGUUCAAGCAACCAAGGCCUAUUCAAGGUUUUCCUUUCCUUUCUAUAGAAGUUGUUUUGUGCUCUACGGGAAUACCGCUGGCUCUUCGUGUCAUGGGAUCCUUUUUGUUCAAUAAAGGAUGGGAAGAGUGGAAGACUUUGAACUUGAUUGGGGUGGACCACGAUGAUGUGAUUCAGAUAUUAAAAGCAUCUGGUUAUCCUGCAAAAACUGAAAUUAGUGACCUUGUACAACAAAGCCUUGUAAAUAUAGAUUGCAAGAACAGAAUUGAUAUGCAUGAUUUGGUAUUAGAAUUCGGAAGAGAAAUUAUAAGGAAACAAUCACUGGGUAUGGAUGAGGAAAGGAUCUAUGAUGUGUUUUUGAGUUUCAGAGGGGAAGACAGUCGCCCAAAAUUCAUUUCACAUCUCUAUUCUGCCCUUCAAAAUGCCGGGAUUUAUGCUUUCAUAGACAAUGAUGAGAUUCAACGAGGAGAUCAGAUUUCAGUCUCAUUGUUAGAAGCAAUAAGACAAUCUAGGAUCUCCAUUGUUGUUUUGUCUAAAAAUUAUACUAAUUCAAGACGGUGUAUGCUUGAGUUAGAGACCAUCAUGGACAUUGGUAGGACCAGGGGUCUGGUAGUUGUGCCAGUGUUCUAUGAGGUAGAUCCCUGGGAAGUACGUCAUCAAACAAGUAAGUUUGGAGAAGCUCUUCAAGAUCUCAUAUCAAGAAUAUCAAUGGAUGAAGACAGGAAGAGGAAUUGGGGAACAUUACUCCUUGAAAUUAGUGGGAUGAAGCUUAUAAUGCUUAGACAAUCCUCAUUUUACAAGAAUGAAAGUGAGGAUGUCAACAAAGUAGUAGAACUUGUUACUAAUUUGCUAGACAAAACAGAUUUAUUCGUCGCUGACCAUCCAGUGGGGGUAGAUUCUCGUGUUCAAGAUAUUAUUCAACUAUUGAGUAGUCAAGAAUCAAAAGAUCCUUUACUGCUUGGAAUAUGGGGCAUGGGAGGAAUCGGCAAAACAACAAUUGCUAAUGGUGCUUAUAAUAAAAUUCGUCAUGACUUUGAGGCAAAGAAUUUCCUAUUUAAUGAAAGACUUCGCCAAAAGAGGAUAUUUCUUGUGCUUGACGAUGUGAAUAAGUUGGACCAAUUGAAUGCUUUGUGUGGAAGUCACAAAUGGUUUGGUCAAGGAAGUAAAAUAAUCAUCACAACAAGAGAUGACGAUUUACUUUGUAGGCUUAAAGUAGACUAUGUAUAUAGAGUGAAAGAAAUGGACGAUCAUGAAUCUCUUGCACUUUUUAGUUGGCAUGCAUUCAAGCAGCCAAAUCCUAUUGAAGCCUUUGCCAACCUUUCUAGAGAUGUUGUUAAGUACUCCGGGGGAUUGUCACUAGCUCUUCAACUUCUGAAGGAGCUGAAAAUUCUCAAUCUUAGUCAUUCUCAUAACUUGAGAGAAACCCCAGACUUUUCAUACUUGCCUAAUCUUGAAAAGUUAAUACUCGAAGACUCUCCAAGUUUGUCUUCGAUUUCUUCUACUAUAGAACAUCUCAGUAAAAUUCUAUUGAUAAAUUUGAAAGACUGUACCGGUCUUCGUAAACUUCCAAGAAGCAUCUAUAAGUUAGAGUCCUUAAAGACUCUCAUUGUGUCUGGUUGUACAAAGAUUGACAAGUUGGAAGAGGAUAUAGAACAAAUGAAAUCUUUAACCACCCUGGUUGCGGAGAAAAUCGCUAUAACAAGAGUUCCCUUUGCAUUAGUAAAGUCAAAAAGUGUUGGAUAUAUUUCUGUGUGGCUAUAA